UCAUUAUCGCCAGUAUUUUCUUUUGUCUGCCUCUUCACUGUUAGCUGUGGCUUUAAUUUUCACAUUUGCAAACAAAACGAAGUAUAUAUUGGAUUUAUUAUUUUGUUUAUUUUCAGUCGAUAAUACACCGCGCGUUGUGUCAUAUGGCUGAAAAAUGAAGAUUCUAAUAGGAACAUUAGUGCUCGUCGUGUGGUGCACGCACGUUAUACUCGUAGUUGCGACGUCCACAGCAGCGCCUUCCUGUUCUUGUCCUAGAAUCUUCAGACCUGUUUGCGGCAGCGACAACGUUACCUACGCGAAUAAUUGCACAUUUAACUGUACCAGUAACUACUAUAACAAAAUUGGUAUAAAACCAAUAUUUAUAGAUUAUCAGGGAUCAUGUAGAGAGCCUUGUGUGUGUACAGAGCAGUACGCGCCGGUGUGUGGCAGUGAUAAUAAAACUUACUCCAAUGAAUGUAAUUUAAACUGUACGAACAGGGAGCUCGAAAAUAACAAUCAAAAUCUAAUAACAGUAGCAUACAAAGGCGUAUGUGUCGCUCCAUGUGUCUGCACAAGAGAGUAUGACCCAGUCUGUGGAAGUGAUGGUAAAACUUAUGGGAACAAUUGUACGUUCAAUUGUGAAAACAAAAAAAGAGCAGCAAAUGGCGAGCAAAGUCUUCUACUAACAAAUUACGGAGAAUGUCGUAAGUCUUGUAUAUGCAAACAAAUUUACGAACCUGUUUGUGGUAGCGACGGAAUAACGUAUUCAAACAAAUGUGCGUUCGACUGUGAAAAUGAAGCACGUAAAGCAUAUGGCCAACCACUGCUCACGUCGACUACAGGUGAAUGUUUCAACGGUUGUUUCUGCACACUAAAUUACGCCCCAGUGUGCGGUAAAGAUGGUAAAACUUAUGGUAAUGGUUGCGAGCUCGGUUGCACGAACAAAGAACGUAAACGUAACCAACUACCUCCUAUUGAAGUUGAUUACCCAGGCGAAUGUCGUACACCUCCUACAAUAUUAUGUCCUUUCAUUUAUAACCCAGUAUGUGGUUCCAAUGGCAUUACAUAUUCAAAUGAGUGUUUUAUGAAUGCUACUAACCAAGAAAACACUUACAGGGGUCUUCCUGCAAUUACGAUUAUCAGCCAAGGUGAAUGUCCCCAGGUCUGUAACUGUCCACUAAAUUACGCUCCAGUGUGCGGUGAAGACAAUAAAACUUAUGGUAAUGAUUGCGAACUUGGUUGUACAAACACAGAACGUCGGCGUCUAGGAAAACCACCUAUUCAAGCUAUUAGUCCAGGUGAAUGUCCUGAACCUAAAUUUUGCCCUGCAGUUUACAGUCCGGUGUGUGGGUCCAAUGGCGUAACCUAUCCGAAUGAAUGUUUACUCAAAGCUGCCAGCAGAGACAAUAUCAAGAGAAGUCUUUCUCCAAUUGAGAUUAAGAGUCCAGGUGAAUGUCCAACUUCUUGUGGCUGUCUACCCGUUUAUAAACCCGUAUGUGGUAGUGACGGUAACACAUACUCAAAUAAAUGUCAGUUCGGGUGCAAAAAUAAGCAACUUCUAAAAGAAGGUCAAGCACUAAUCACUAUAUCAAGCGAAGGGGAAUGUCCUGACUGUAUUUGUCCCGCGGUGGUUCUUCCAGUUUGUGGUAAUGACGGCAAAACGUACCCUAACGAAUGUCAGUUAAUUUGCGAGAGUAGAAAACGUGAACGUAGCGGACAGCCACCUAUUUGUAACAUCACUGACGGAGAAUGCCCUGAUUCUUGCAAAUAUCCAGGAGUAUAUCAGCCUGUCUGUGGCAGCGAUGAUAAUACUUAUUCUAACCAAUGCUGGUUGGAUAUUGAAAACAAAAGAAGAACGAACAACGGACAACAGCCCUUAACGAUAAAUUAUGAAGGUGAGUGUGUUGUACCCUGUCCUUGCAUUCUUCUGUACGCUCCAGUGUGUGGCGACGAUGGUGAAACCUACGGUAAUAGCUGCCAACUCGAUUGCAAGAACAAAGAGCGUAUCAGUAGAAAACAACCAACCAUUAACAUAACAAGUCAAGGAGUAUGUCCAGAACCUUUUAUUUGCCCCAAAAUAUAUCAACCAGUGUGUGGUUCGGAUGGUAUUACUUAUUUAAGCGAAUGUUUUCUAAAUAGAGCCAAUAAAGAAAAUGUUAACACGACUCGGAAUCCUGUAACGAUUCAGAGUCAAGGUGAAUGUGUAGCUCCGUGCAUUUGUCCGCUAUAUUUCGUCUACCAACCCGUAUGUGGCAGUGAUGGUAAAACAUACUCUAGUGUGUGCGAGUUAAACUGUGAAAAUUUGGCUCGUGAAAGAAGCUAUCAACCACUUCUUACCGUAUCGAGUGAAGGUGAAUGCCCUGCCAGUUGCUUCUGUCCAGACAUUUAUCAACCCAUAUGCGGUACUGAUGGUAGAACAUACCCAAGUUUAUGUCAUUUGGGAUGUACAAACAGAGAUAGGAAAAUACAACGAAAACCUCUUAUUAAGAGACGAAGUGACGGAGAGUGCCCUGAAGUGUGUAAUUGUUCCACCGUAAUUAGCCCGGUUUGUGGAAGUGAUGGCGAAACCUAUGCAAACCUCUGUGUAUUGGGCUGUGAAAGCAAGAAACGUGAGCGUAACGGACAAACUCCUCUUACAGUUUUUAGUUAUGAAGAGUGCGAGGUCCCUUGUUUCUGCUUAGAAGUAUAUCAGCCAGUUUGUGGGAGCGAUAACAACACAUACUCCAACGAGUGUGAACUUGGAUGUGAAAAUGAUAGAAGGGUCAGAUCCGGAUUAGAGCCACUUAAACAAGUCAAUGAAGGGGAGUGUGUUUUAAGCAUUUGCUAUCUGAUUUAUUCUCCAGUGUGUGGCACUGAUAAUGUGACAUAUUCCAACGAUUGUUUCCUCAACAUCGCCAGCCGACAAAAUGUUAUAAAUGGUCUUGAUCCGAUCAGUAUCAAGAGCCAAGGUGAAUGCCGCGAUGACACGUGCUCAUGCACUGCUGUGUACCAACCAGUAUGUGGAAGCGAUGGGAAUACCUAUCCUAACGAAUGCGAACUCCAAUGCGAAAACCAAAAGCGGUUCGAGAAUGGACUAGAUCCUCUAAAUGUAACUAAUGGUGAGUGUAAUCCGUGCAUUUGUCCUCUCAUACUUUUACCCGUUUGUGGUACAGACGGUAUAACAUAUCCUAAUGAAUGCAGCCUUAACUGCGUAAAUGAAGAAAAUAAAAGGAUUGGACAGAAAGAAUCCAAUAUCUCAGAAAUAUGCAUAGCCUAUGACGGAGAGUGUCGUGAUCCUGCUGAUUGUUUUUGUGAAGCUAUUUACGAUCCAAUAUGCGGAAGUGACGGCAUAACUUAUCCAAACAAAUGCACAUUUGAUUGCAAAAAUCAAGAAUACAGGAAAACUAAAAAACAACAAAUAACAAUGGAACAUGAAGGCGAAUGCGGAAAACCUUGCGCUUAGAGUUCAAUUUCUGCUGUUUAUAUAAUCAUUUUAUUUCACGGUUUCAUUGUUAUCUAUUUUACAUAUUUAUUUUUGGCUAGAGUUAUUUCAAUAAAGCUUACUUCAUUACAGUUUAUCUUCA